AUGUCAUGUUGUCAUGGUAUUCAAUGCACAGAAGAAGAAUGUUUAUAUUCGCCAAGUCAUUGGUCUAUAUCCUCAAAACCACCAGAUUUGGUCAUCGAAACAUUUAUCACCAGCAUGCAGUCUUGCUAUCGUGAUAAUUUGCAAGCAAUAUCAUCGCUACAAAUUAUUCCAUAUGGAGAUGGCAAACAAAUAAUUGAUAUUUGGGGUAAUGAAUUCGAGAGUGCUACAGCAAUUGCACUCUUUCAUGGAGGUUAUUGGCAGGAUGGCGAUCGGAAAUUAUUUACAAGUCCAGUAAAGGCGCUUGUUGAUGAAAAUGUUGUAGUGGCUUGUGUUGGAUAUGAUUUUGCUACUACAAUUUGUUUAAAUGAUGUAAUAGAACAAGCGACAAAAGCGCUUCAUCAUUACUUUUUUGUACAGUUUUUAGCAAAACGUUGGCCACAGAAAAGACUAUUAGUCGGUGGACAUAGUGCUGGAGCGCAUUUAGCCAUCUCAGCAUUAAAACGCAGUAAUUAUGCGCAUCGAUAUGAGAAAGUUAUACUCUUCUCUGGCAUCUACGAUCUUCAUCCUCUAUUGGGUACAUAUAUCGGAAGAGCAAUUAAUUUAAGCUUAGCUGAAGCUGAAACUCUCAGUAUUGUAAGCUUGGAUGAAAUCACAGCGGAAUUGUUAGUUAUUGUUGGUGCUAUGGAAUCACCAAAGUUCAAAGAGCAAAGCCAUCAUAUCGUAAAGAAUUAUGUGAGAAAACAUGAUACAAUGAAUAUAUCCGAUUGUUACAAGAUUAUUCCGGAUGAAGAUCAUUUUACUCUGAUUACUAGUUUGGCUGAUAAAAAUUCGAUAACAACCAGAGAGCUGCUCAAUUUUAUAUUGCAAAAACAACUUCCCAGAAUCACUACUUCUGAUUCAUCACAAUCUAUCCAAUCAUCAUAG